AUGUCCCUCACCCAAAAGCUCAAACGGGAGGCAACAAGCCGUCCCACCUGCGAAAUGCCUCUCCCGUUCCUCCCCUUCGUCUUCCUCGCCCACUUUACCCAGACAAUAACUUCCGUCCUCACCACGGAAGCCCACCGCACAACAGCGAGCCUCUCCAACCACCUCGAGGGCCUGCGCCUUCAGGUCCACGGGCCCGAACACACCUUCCACCCCUUCUCCCGGUUGCCAGCCGAGCUCCGCCUCAAAAUCUGGCAGCACGCCUGCGACCACCCGCGGACGCUCCUCGCAACACAUGCGCCGAACCCGACUUUACUUGCAGUGAACCGUGAGGCGCGGUACGAGGCCUUGCGGCGGUAUACACUCGUCCGGCUAAACACCUGGGGCGACAGGCGUAUCUACAUCGAUUUCUUGCGGGACAGCAUCGCCGUCGUGGAGGGCAAGGGUGGCGGCGGAUUCCCUGUUCGCGGGGCGAGGCACGUCAUUGUCGUGUGCGAGGAGCCGUUUCGGAACCCGGGUUCGUGGUUGAAGUGUCGGUACCGGGCUGGGUUGGAGACCUUGACGCUGGUGCUGAGCGGGACGAAGACAGGCAGCAGGAUUCCUGCGCCGCUUCCUGAGAUCCGGGAGCUGUGUACGCCCGAGGAGGUUCAGCUGCGGCUCGGGUACUCGAAGGAGGAGGCGGAUAGAAUAGGAGAAGAAGUGAGAGGGUUGGCCGAGGGGUGGGGGAAGACGCGGAUCCGCGUGGGGGGGUUCAUCUGA